AUGUUUCAACAAUUUCCCGAGGGAAAAGAGAAUAGUGCCAGCGCAGCACCGGAGGAGACGAGCGUGUUUGGUCUACAAGUGCGUAUACCGGUGUUUAUCCCGGAAGACCCAGAAUUUUCGCUGGCCCAGGUCGAGACCCAGUUUGCUAGAUUGAUUGCUAGGUUAACCAAUCAAUUAUCCAAGUUCACUCAUUUAGUUGGUUACCUUCCCAGAUCUAUGGCCCCAGAGCUACGCGACAUUGUCUGUAACCCACCCUCAGACCAACCUCACGACGCCCUUCACGAUGCGAUUCUGGGCAGAUUCGGCAUGCCCGUAGAAUGUCGCCUUAAACAACUUCUAGGUAGCCUGCGUCUGGGAGACAACGGCCUUGACACUCCAACAAAACUUUUAAGUUACAUGCAGGGCCAGGCCGCAAUCCUGAACGUCGAUGAGAAUAUUCUCCGUUUGUCCUGGUUACAAGCUCUACCAAAGAGCUUGUUGGGCCGCAGUUUUCGGCGCCACGAUCUCGAUCACCGUCGAACGGGAUUUGCUGGUAUCACUGCCGAUACGGUGACGCCACAAAGAGGUGCCUCACACCGUGCACCUACACUCCCAGGUCGGGAAACCAGUCAGCCGACCGGCUCAGACCGAAUUACCGGGAUACGUUUCCUGGUCGACACAGGCGCGCAGGUCAGUGUCAUUCGUCCUCGCCCCACUGACCUUCAUCGACAUUCUUCUGUGGAACUGGUCGCAGCGAAUAGCACGCCCAUCAAAACCUACGGUGAGCGUUCACUCACACUGAACCUCGGUAUUCGCCGUAGUUUACCCUGGGUAUUUGUAAUCGCCGACCUUCCACAGCCCAUCAUCGGUAUUGACUUUCUUCGAGCCUUCAACCUGUUGGUUGACCCGGUGAGCCACAAGCUUAUCUACCGUCUCACCAUAUGUGAGACUCGCGGGACACCUGCAAAUGUUCCGUCGCUUAGCUCGCUUCUUUACUUUCCAGACGUCACAGACAGAUUCCGUGCGGUUCUCUCCGAAUUGUGUAAACCGCCGGAUACUCUACCUCUGGCGACCACCGACAUCGUUCAUCAUAUCGUAACGCGCGGCCCAUUAACUUAUUGCCGCCCUAGACGCCUCGCCCCAGACAAGCCCCAAAAGUCCCGUGCUGAAUUUCAGCACAUGCUGGAUCUCAGCAUCAUACGCCCAUCCUCCAGCCUUUGGGCUUCACCAUUACAUAUGGUCCCCAAAAAGCCCUCUGGCGACUGGCGGCCUCGUGGUGAUUACCGCUUGCUUAACAGCGUCAGUACCCCCAGAUCGCUACCCAAUCCUUCCCAUCCAAGAUUUGACUGCUAG